GUUAGCGUCAACUUUAUUUUGACAUUUCACACGCUCAUUUGUCAUUAACGGGUGUUGUUUUUUACAUAUUUUUCCUGCUGAUAAAAAUACCUAGAAUUUACAAGAAAAGUUUCCAUAAUGGCUGCUACUUUAAAACCAUAUCUAACUGCUGUACGCCAUUCCUUAACCGCAGCAAUGUGUUUACAAGACUUUGCCUCGCAAGUAGUGGAGCGACACAAUAAGCCAGAGGUAGAGGUGUGCUCUAGCAAGGAAUUGAUUUUAACACCUGUGGUCAUAUCUCGCAAUGAAAGAGAACGUGUCCUCAUAGAACCCUCUAUCAAUUCGGUGCGUGUUAGUAUUGCCGUUAAACAGGCGGAUGAAAUUGAAAAGAUUCUUUGUCACAAAUUCACCCGUUUCAUGAUGCGUCGUGCUGAAUCCUUUAUCAUAUUGAGACGUAAACCCAUUGAGGGUUAUGAUAUUAGCUUUUUGAUUACCAAUUUCCAUACGGAACAGAUGUACAAACAUAAAUUGGUGGAUUUUGUCAUCAGCUUUAUGGAGGAAAUCGAUAAGGAAAUAAGUGAAAUGAAAUUGGCUGUCAAUGCUCGUGCACGUACUUGUGCUGAAGAGUUCUUGAAAAGAUUUUAAGUUGGCGGGGCAAGUGGACGUAGUUGCUGUGGUUUUACGAGCUUCCUAAGGAUGUGCUCAAAGUUAAAAGUAUUCCGGUGUUUUUUUAAUUUAAUUUUUAUAAAUGUGUAUCUUUUGUGUCAGUGCAUUUUUCUUGAUUUUGAUUUUAAGUGAACAAAAGUUUUGUAAUUUUUCUUCCCGGAAAAGUUGAUUGAAGAAAAACUAUAAAAGAAAUAAACUAGAGUUAAUAAAUAGA